GCCCGUGCAUAAAUCCUAGUGGCGUACAGCUACUGUAGUUAGUAGUCUUCGUAGUAAUAGUGGUAGUAGUAUCAGUGGUAAUAGGUAGUUGUGGCGUGGUUGUUUCGAAAACGAGUUUUGUCCGCUCCUCGCCUACUCUGGGCUCAUUGCAAUCGACUGUCAAACCUUGAUCAUGGCGCUUUAGUUUCAGUGAUGUUGUUGAUGAUAACGAUGAUGAGGAUGAGUUUAAUGUCCAACUCCAAUGAUGGCCUGCCUACUCGUUAACGGUCAACACAUUGAUCAUGGGCAAGGAUGGGUUUGCUUGAACCGUGGCGUUCCGAUGGUCAAGUGUAGCAAAUAGUGUUUUCAUUGCACCCGAUAUAUGAGUAUGUCUUCUUGUGGGUCUUCCGUCCAAGUAAUAUUGUGUCAUUGGAUAGAGCUGGAUCAAGGAGCAAACACGUUCACACACUCACAUUGUUGUAGUAGUGUUAGUAGAAGUAGAACUAGUACACACACGCACUCUAUCCGAAGCAAAAGAGUGAAGCGGCUUGACCGCGUGUGCUCCGAAAACCUUGCCAAGAAGUAUUCAUCGAGUGAGACUAAGAAAAAACGAGCACUGACAAGAAGAAGAACGGGAAACUGCAGACGAUUUUCCCUCUUAUCCUUUGGUCAUCUCAUCAUCCUUGAUGACGACGAGACCUGCAAGGGAACACUUGGUUGUGUCAGAGUGUGAAAACGAUUGAGGACUUUUUGGUGGGUUACCGAGUUAGUGGCUUCACGUUUGGCCAAUUAACCGCGCCAUUAAUACCAAACAGCGAGAAGGACAUACAUUACAUUUGCCACACGACAAGUACGCUCUUACGUACCCAUUCAAGCAGAGUGAGUGCUCUAUGGCUCGUUAUACUACAUCCUUCGCUCUCCUACCUACACUACUUGCCCAAAUACAGAUCGGAGGCUCUUCUACUACUAUAUACUGACUGGAUGUACGUAUGCACACCUUCCGCUUCAAGCACAUGAACGCUAGUUGGGCUGCAAGCAAUUCUGCGACAUUGUCUCUGGCAAAGUGCGCGUGCGGUUCGUUUGAGUUGGUCUUCGCUCAACACAUUCACCGACGUUGUUCUCGUCUGUCUCCUGUUGCACGUAAAAUAGAAUGCGGGAUUGAGCUGGACUUCCGCGCCCUCGGAGACCAAACCCAGAGUAUUGUGUGAACUAUUUUCAAUUCUUAACAUGCCGGCUAGUGGAACAAAAAUGUGUGGCGAACAUAUGUUAGUGUAUUAGACUUCUGGACACAAACCUCAUUUCUGGAGGAAAGGAGCUCGGUGAUCGACUGUGAAGAGAAAGUAAGAUUCCUUUCGCUUCUGUCAUGUUUCGCACUAGGAUACGGAGCCCACGCGGUAUCAAUAUUCAGACGAACCCCACUUCUGUUCCCAAUGAAGAGGUCAGGGGAAUGAACCACCAAGAAGAUCAGUAUGCUAGAAAGGUUCGGAAAGCGGGAAUGGAGCUCAAGCCAAAUCCAAUGGGAUCUUGGACAUUCGGCAAAAAGAUCCAAUUGAUCUUUUUAGUGCUCAUCGCUUUGUUUGGAUUCCAAUUGAUGGUUGGAAUUCUGUUCUCUUCUUGGGAAAACAAGAUCGCCGCGAAUGCUCCAUCGACUGGUGUUCCUGCAUCAAGUAAAACAACCACGGUUUCCCCAGCAAUCUCAGAUAACAAUACGGAGUGGUACUUUGAAGAGUACGAUGUUUGGGUCAAUUGCCCUCAAGAAGAGUUCGGCAAGGAUGCCAAAUCAGCACUUCUGCGCGCCAAGUCCAAAAGCUGUCGAUCCCAAAUUGCCAAUGUCACGUGUUUGGCAGCUCGAUCUCAGCUCUUUCCCACUUACCUCAGGAACCAAUGCGCUCAAAGUACUGAUUCAAGAGUGGUUGGAACCCAUCUAGGCUGCUACAAGGAUUCGUUUUCCAGCCGAAUUCUCAACGGUGGAAUGACCACAUAUAAGACGAUGCUCGGAAAGCAAAAGUGCCUGAUGCUUUGUACCGAAUCCGGCUACCUUUAUGCCGGACUUCAGUAUGGAUCCGAGUGCUUCUGUGGCAGUGAAAGACCAAACGACGGGGAUCGUUUUCCGCCUGAAAAGUCCAAGUGCAACUAUCCUUGUGCGGGCAAUCCCAAAGAAAAUUGCGGAGGCUAUUUAGCCAUGGAUGUCUAUCAAACCGGUCUGAUCCCGUUGCGACCGGCUCCGGCCACUCAGGAAAUCAAAAAAGCUCUCGAAACGCCAGUUAGAGUUGUGUAUCUGUUGACUUUGAGUGGUCGUGCCGUGCGACAAGUCCGGCGAUUGAUUCGACGGCUUUACCACGUGGACAAUUACUUCCUGAUCCAUGUAGAUUCCAGACAGGACUACUUGUAUCGUGAAUUGCUUCCCUUGGAGAGUCAAUUUCGGAACAUCCGUUUGGUCCAAGAUCGAAUGGCCACCAUUUGGGGUGGAUCUUCCUUGCUUCAGAUGCUUCUACAUUGCAUGAAACAUCUGCUUACUCUCGAUUGGGAUUGGAGCUUUGUGAUGAACCUAUCAGAAUCGGACUACCCAAUAAAGGAUCCUCAAGAGUUGGUGCAUUUCCUUACCAUCAACCGGGGCAGAAAUUUUGUCAAGUCUCAUGGGCGUGAUGCCCCCACAUUCAUCAAAAAACAGGGUAUGGACAAGACAUUUGUGGAAUGUGAUAAUCACAUGUACCGCAUCGGAUCCCGACAGAUCCCAAUGGGGAUCCAGAUCGACGGAGGAUCAGAUUGGGUGUGUCUACAUCGGGAUUUCGUGCAGUAUCUCACACAUGGCUCGGAUGAGACUUUAGAGGGAUUGAAACGAUUCUUCAAUUUUGCCUUAUUGCCAGCCGAGGCUUUCUUUCAUAUUGUUCUCAAGAACACGGAAUUUUGCUCCACGAUUCUCAACAACAAUCUUCAUCUCACCAACUGGAACCGAAAACAAGGCUGUAAAUGCCAACAUAAAGCUGUCGUAGAUUGGUGCGGUUGUAGUCCCAAUGAUUUCAAGCCCUCAGAUUGGAACCGACUAUUGGGAGCGGAAAAGCGACCACUUUAUUUUGGUCGAAAAUUCGAGCCCGUCAUCAAUCAAGAGAUUCUUUUUCAAGUAGAUCAAUGGAUUUACGGUGAUGAUUUCCAAGUCAAUCUCACCAGUGUUCAUUCCUUCUGGCAAAAUAUUUUCCAUCAUCAAGACACGUCACCAGCUCCAAAAAUAGAGUAUUUAAGCGUGGCUUCCUCUCUCAUUCAAGAUUUCCUAGAUCAGCAGUCUCCUAAAAUAGGUUUUGACAAAGUCUUGGAAAUCACAUCUUACCAAAACAACGACCGGUUACAAGGUAUUUUAGUGCUCUUCCUAUCUAGCGAACCUUCCGUAGCCGCAUUCGAAGUAUUGAUCAAGCUAAGCUUCCAAAGAAAAACAGUACAAUUGCAAGACUUCAACAUCGACAUUCGUGUUGGAUCAGAAUAUGAUAAGAAAGAACAAGUGUUUCGCAAUCUUUUUGAGGUCAUGGAGCCAGAAUCGGACCCUCAUUUAAUGUAUCAAUCUGAUCCCUUCAACUCAACACAUGUGAUCACCUUUGCGUGGUUUGAUCCUAAGGGAACAUUAUCCGCUGUGAGUGAUAAGAGGUUCUACAACGCCUCCUCCGUCUUGGAUGCAAUUCCCAGCGGUCUAUCUCGUCCCCUGCAUCCUGGAAUGUGGACUGUACAAGCCAUUGUGAAUGGACAAAUGAAAGCAGAGAUCCAGUUCCCCAUCUUUCCAAUACUACCCUCCCUAAUCCCGGAUCAAAAGCAAUGGGAGAAACUUCAUGAAGGGUCGGUCUCACCAAAGGACAUUUCCACCUUCGAGAUCGAACCCAAAUUCGUGGCAUUGUCCAAAGCCCACCCUUCCCUUUCGCAUCCUCGCUUCUCGCCCAAACUUUCAAAUUCUGAUGCUGAUGUUCAGGCCUACAUCAACGACCUAGCUUCGGCCUUUUUUACUGUCAAGUCAAUUUGUGCCGUCUCUCUUGAUCAAACUACAGUUCAAAGCCCAUUGUGCCAUGACCAACCUUGGAGUUCAUUUAGUCCAGACCCCAAAUCAAAAAUAACCGAGAUCAAUCCCGACACGGGUCUCUUGUCGUAAAGGGAUAGUAUAUAUUGUUCGCAAACCAUAUUUAUGUGAUAUAUAGAUGCAUCAAGAGCCUCCGAAUCAAGCAAUGGAAUAUCAAAGAAAACAUUUGUCAAGAAUCGACCAAUAAAUUGAUCAAUAUGCCUUGAA